GGCCAACAAAAUCCAGUCUCCCAGAGCCGAGAUCGUUCAUUUAUCAGGGCAACGGACAAGCUGUCAACGUCCGAGGACUGGCCCAGACCAGCACAACAAUGGCGACCACCCAGGCUGCGCCUCAGGUGCCUGCACCAAAGAAGCAAAAGAAGGAAUUUGUACAUCCGUCAGCGAAACACGCACGCAAAAAGGCCAUUCAGAAUGCCUUUGCCAUCGAGCCCAUCUCAGCAUUCUACAUCUUCCUGGGAGCCAACAUCAUAGCGGCCCUUUUCGCCCCGAUCCAGGACUGCGAUGAGACAUUCAACUACUGGGAGCCUACCCACUAUCUCAGCCAUGGCUACGGCCUGCAGACGUGGGAGUACUCGCCUGACUAUGCCAUCCGCAGCUGGCUAUACAUCGCCAUCCACGCCCUCGGCGCCAACAUCCGCCGCCUGCUGCCGCGCUCGUCCAAGGUGGCUGAGUUCUACUUCCUCCGCUACCUGCUCGCCUUUGGCUGCGCUCUGUGCCAGACGCUCAUGUGGAAGGCCGUUUGUCUGGCGCUGAACCCGCGGGUUGGCCUGUUCUUCAUUGCCGCUCUGGUCUUCAGCCCGGGGAACUUUCACUCCAGCACCGCCUACCUGCCGUCCAGCUUCGCCAUGUACAUGGGCAUGUUAGGCGCAGCUGCCUUCAUGAACUGGCGCGGCGGGUUGAAGACGUCGCAGGGCAUGUUCUGGUUUGCUCUCGGCGGUGUUCUCGGGUGGCCCUUUGCCAUCGCCCUCUGCGCCCCCUUUGUACUGGAGGAGGUUUUCUUUGCUAUGCUGAGCGACAAGGAGCGCUUCUUCGAGUCCUUCAUCAGGCUCGCCCGCGGUGUCGUAGCGACGCUGCUCCUGGUCGCCUUCGACACAGCCAUCAACACCUUCUUCUACAGGAAGUUUGAGAUUGUCACGUGGAACAUCAUCAAGUACAACGUCUUCUCCUCCACCGGCGGCCCCGAUCUGUACGGCACCGAGCCGUGGACCUUCUACUUCAAGAACCUCGCCCUCAACUUUAACGUCUGGUUCGUCCUCGCCCUCCUCUCCUUGCCGCUCUUCCUGCUCCAGAAGCUCGUCUCCCGGCGCAGCGCAGGCGAAUCCUUCCAGUCCGGCCUGCGCACGCUCGUCUUCCUGUCGCCCUUCUACCUGUGGCUCGGCAUCUUCACCCUGCAGCCGCACAAGGAGGAGCGCUUCAUGUAUCCAGCUUACCCAUUCCUGGCCCUCAACGCCGCACUGGCCCUGCACACCCUGCUCGCCCUCCUUGGCAACGCCGGCCCGAAAACCCUCAUCGGCCGCAUCCCGGCCAAAGUGAAACUGGCCGUCGUCGCCCUGGGUCUUCUCGCCUCGGUCAACGUGGGCCUGGCCCGCGUCUGGGGCCUGUACACGGGUUAUCACGCCCCGCUAGACCUCUACGCGCCGCUCGCCACCACCGGCGGGCCGGGGGACACGGUCUGCUUCGGCAAGGAUUGGUACCGCUUCCCGACGUCGUUCUUCUUGCCGCGCGACAUGCGCGCCAAGUUUGUGCGCUCCGAGUUCCGCGGCCUGCUGCCGGGGGAGUUCUCGGAGGCGCGCACCGGGUUCGGCUUCUGGAGCGGCACCUGGCUGCCGACCAGCGGGCUCAACGACCGCAACGAGGAAGACCCGGGCAAGUACGCCGACCUGAGGACGUGCGUCUUCCUGGUGGACACGCAGUUCCCCGAGCGUCGGGCGGCUGCUGCGGCCGCGGGGGAGCCGCUGUCGCUGCCGCCGAACGAGCCCGACUACGCCCAGGACGUGGAGAGGUGGGAGGAGGUACGGUGCCUGCCCUUCUUGGACGCGGAGAGGACGCACUUCCUGGCCAGGGCGCUUUGGCUGCCCGACUGGGAGAUCGUUCCGGAACGGCUGCGGAGGAAAUGGGGAAGGCAUUGUCUGCUGAAGCGGAGAAAGUAAGGAGGUUUUGCUGUGAUGAUUUCGCGACUUUACAUCUUUCCUGGUGGUGGAUGGGGACGUACGAUAAGAGUUCGUGAUGUAGCAGGAAUAUAGAUAUUAGUAAGGUAUUUUUGGGUUGGCCUUAGACGCUAUAAAUAGAUGCACUGGGAGACGAAUGGCAUGGGCAGAAGGAAGAAGAAAUAUAUGGCCCUCUUAUAAGGGAGAUCCGAAUGUGGAGAUCCGAGGCAACCCAAUCUACUGGAAAACCCAUAGAGGGUUGGUUUCGAGGGACAGGGCCGGCCAGUAGCACUAGAGCUUCCGUCGACAGUCCCAUCAACCUCUUAUUUCCGUCCACCUCUAGUCCCAACCGUAACUCCUUCCAUAUCAGUAUAAACCGCAAAGUCACCGC